GGCGGGCGGCGGUGACGCGCGCGGAAGCGCCGCGGGCAGCCACGGAAGCCGGCGGGCAGCAGAGCGGCGGCGGCCACGGCCGGGCGCCCCGACGGGAGGGGCCCCGGAUCGCUCGGAGGCGCUGACCCCCUGCGGCCCCGCCGCCGUCCUCGGCGGCCCCAUGAGUCGGGGGACCAUGCCCCAGCCGGGAGCCUGGUUGGGCGCGAGCUGCGCCGAGAAGCUGGCGCGGGAGGCGGGGGCCGUGUCUCCGGGCCCCGGCAGAGCCGCCGCGCGGGAGAGCGGGAAGGCGGCGGCCGGCGGGCAGCCGCGGGCCGUGGUGCGGUGCCCGGCCGAGCACGAGGAGGACAUGUAUCGUGCUGCGGAUGAAAUAGAAAAGGAGAAAGAGUUACUUAUACAUGAAAGAGGGUUAUCAGAACCUAAAUUAAGUGUAGCUCCUGAAAUGGAUAUCAUGGACUACUGCAAAAAGGAAUGGAGAGGAAAUACGCAAAAAGCUACAUGCAUGAAAAAGUCUUUCAGGGGCACAUUUUUCCAUAGGAAUAAAACUCUCCCUGAAGUUACUAACAACCAUUUUGAAUUCUUUGAUGCUUUCACCCAGGGCUACGAAGAGGUAUCUCAGAAAUUCACCUCCAUAAGGCGAGUCCGUGGAGAUAACUACUGUGCGCUGAGGGCCACACUGUUCCAGGCCAUGAGCCAGCCAGCGGGGCUGCCCUCCUGGCUGCAGGACCCGGAGCUCACGCUGUUACCAGAAAAACUCAUAAGCAAAUACAGCUGGAUCAAGCAGUGGAAGCUUGGAUUGAAAUUUGAGGGGAAGAGCGAGGACCUGGUUGAUAAAAUUAAGGAGUCCCUCACUUUACUAAGAAAGAAGUGGGCAGGCUUGGCUGAACUGAGAACUGCUGAAGCAAGGCAGAAAGCUUGUGAUGAACUGUUCACAAAUGAAGAGGAAGAAUAUAGCCUUUAUGAAGCUGUAAAAUUUUUAAUGUUACACAGAGCCAUUGAACUAUAUGAUGAUAAAGAGAAGGGAGAGGACGUACCAUUUUUCUCUGUGCUUCUGUUUGCUCGGGACACAUCCAGUGACCCUGGACAGCUACUGAGGAACCAUCUAAAUCAGGUGGGACACACUGGUGGCCUCGAACAGAUUGAAAUGUUCCUUCUGGCCUAUGCUGUGCGCCACACCAUCCAGGUGUACCGGCUCUCCAAGUACAGCACUGAGGAGUUCAUCACGGUCUACCCCACAGACCCACCCAGGGACUGGCCGGUGGUGACCCUGAUUGCCGAGGACGAUCGGCAUUACAACAUCCCCGUCAGAGUGUGUGAGGAGACGAGUUUGUGAGAGACAUACACCCGGACAGCCUGGCAGCAGGGCCAAGGUGUGCGGGCCGCUCCUCAGCUCGGGCCUCGGCUUGCUGGUCUCUUAGAAUGAAUUACGUGGACUCUUGGACCCUGUGAGCCAAGCUGGCCUGGGAUGUUCUGAAGAUAAUGACUUAACCAAGUUUUCUUCUCAUUUAUGAUGCAGUAUGUUUUAGUGGGGCCUUCCAACACAUCUGUUGGAAGCUGCACACUCCAUCUUUGUUAUAAAACAAAUACUUUAGUAUCAGAAGAAUGUUCUUUAUAUCUCAAACCAAACUUUCUCUAUCAGUAAACUGGCUUUCAAUUUUUUUUUUAAUAGUAAUUUUUUUUGUUUUUGUGGUAAUGGGUCUCUGUGGUGCCCUUCCUAUGCAGUCUGCUUACGUGGUAUAAUUCUGGGAUGGAGUCUGCUAAUGGCAGUCUCGACAUCCUCUGAUAGUCUUGGCAAGCCGGGGUUUGGAUUUAUUUACUAAUUAAAGCCACCUUAAACAGAUUAUGUAAUAGAUGAUUGAGAAUUGGUUUUUUAAAGGCUGGAGAAAGGAGCAGGAGGGAGACGAUGGCACCUGUAAAUCCUUGCUCUUCAACGACAUGACCAGUGCUGAGGCCGCAGCCACACCAGGUCUGGUGCUGGGUGCAAGUGGUGUGCUCUAGUGUCGGGCUGUUUAUUACUCUGUGGCCCAUAGGUUCACUAUUAUAGUCAGAACAGAGUUCAGAUCUAUCUGCAUUUUUAGAGGAGGAAACCAAGGCCAAAUGACCACAGGCACUCAGAUAUCUGAGUUUAGGGGUGGGAUAAGCUGGAUCCAGGUCUUCCUGUGCCCUUUUCCUACUAUUUUUUAGGAUGUUUCUAUUGCCAAAUUCAUCUGCUGGCAGGGGAUGAGUAACAGCAGAGUAGCUAAGGUUUUUCAUGAGUUAGUUUAAGCAGAAGUGCAUACUAAAACAGUGCAAAAGUAUGGCUAUGCUGCAUCUGUCCCUGAUUUGGUUUGGAAAGCCUGAGGGAGGCAGGGUUCUGGGCCCUGAGCAAUUGCCUGCAUGGUGACUGGGUGGUGGUUAUGGGGCAGCCUAGCUGCCUGUGGCCUGCAUUAGGACCUGAAUUGUCCACGAGAGGCGUGGACAGUGCUCACAGGUACCAGACACGUCACUCUUUAGGGUUGUACCAGCAGCACCUGAAUUGGCUCAGCAUUAGUAGAGGUGGUGUUUCCCUGAAGCACCGAGCUUUAUUUUAGAAUAACUUAAAUCUUUAUUUGGUGCAGUUUAAUAGUUUAUAAGCUCUCUAAUCUGUGUUUUUUCAGAGGGGCGAACCUUUUUUGAAAAUCUAAGUUUUGCUUUCACUUCAAAUUCUUGGUUGAGAAAACUCAGAGGCCACACAAAACUAUUCAGACUGUUACGUUAGUAUUUUCCCCAUGACCUAAUCAGUAAUGGUCACCACAUUUUGGUAGAUGCUAAUUCUCUGAAUCAAAUUCUGCUCUAAAUGUGUGUGGAUUGGGGAGGCUUGUGUUUUUCACUGUGAAAUGCAAUGGUGCCUGGAUAGGAGGUGCCUAGAAGCCAAGUUCAAGUAAUAAUAAUGACUUCUUGUUGGCUUUGAUGUUCAUUUUAGUAUUUGUAACAUAACAGGAAACACAGUACAUUUCAUUCUUGAAUAUUUUUAAAAGCGUAACUUCAAAUGUGUAGGUUGAACAAGGCAGCAGGGGUCUGUGUUCCUCUGACCAUUUGUUCAUACCCACCAUUGAAUUUAAUGAUACUCAUGAUCAGCUGUCUUUGAAUUUUGAAAAUAAUCUAAUCUCGGUGAACUUGAACUGAACUUCUGGGCAACUUAAUUGUUUACAUUUUAUACUUUUUUCUUGUUUCUAUGUAUGAUAUUGUUAAAUUGUGGUCUUUACUCCUACACUGGUAAAAAUUCAAAAAGGUAAGUUUAACUGGUUUUCUGUCCUAAGGCCUUAUUGGAUGGACUCUGUUCUCAGACAUCGUCCAGGCUUAGCGGGAUCACAGCAUAAGAGGAGCAAAGCUGUCCAUGAAACAGUGCUUCAGGAAAUAUAGAUGAUUGGCCAACUUUAAAAAGAACAUUUGUUUGUUGCAACAUGCAACUUCAGUUAUUCAGAGUCCUAAUUCAAUUUCUCAUUCCUGGUCUUGGGCUGGUCAGUGACAUGAGCAGAAUAGAAAUUAAAUUGAGACCAAAAUGGAUUUAAGAGGACAAUUAUUUAGAAGGACCUCUAAAAUGAUAAAGUAUCUAGAAGGAAAGUUAGUGGGAACUGCACUGUGCUUACUUUUAAUCUCAGAGUUUAUUGCGAGAGUUCAGAGAUUCUGGACCCUAUGAUUUUGGCAGAAAGAUAAUCUCCACCAUAAGCAGGCAUGACUUACACCUUUGAGCUUAUUUAAGGUACAUUUAAAUAAAAAAGAAUCUCUGUGUAGCAAGUUCCAUGGCAUUAGCUUUGCUCCUUCAGAAUUUUUUCUGGCUCCCCUCCUCACCUGCAUAUACAGCUGUUCAUCUCACCCAUACACGUGGAACGGUGAUGUCGGCAGUGGAGAACAUGAGGCCAGUGUGUGGUUUUUCACUUGUGAUCUAGACCUAGGUUGAAUUUGAUCUGAAAUCCUUGCAGUUCCUCUUCCUUCGAAUACGGCAUAUCUGAAAAUGU